AUGGCCCUGUCCUGCAGUUCAUCCAGCCCACAUAGCCUUCAGCUCACCAAGCUCAUGUCCUGCGACUCAUCAAGACCCUAUCAUGCAGCUAAAACUAGCUCGCCCAACCCUUAUCCUGAACUUCACCAAGCACCUAUCCUACAGCUCGUCCAAACUUUAUCAUGUAGGUCACCCAACCCCAUUUCCUACAACUCACCACAACACCUAUCCUGCAACUCUUCCAACCUCUAUAAUGCAGUUCAUCCAGCCCUAUUUCAUACAGUUCAACGAGUACCUAUCCUGCAGCUCGCCCAAUCUUUAUCCUACAGCUCACCUAGUCAACCCAACACAAAUCCUGCAGCUGGUCCAACUCUCACCUUGCUGUUCACCAAGCCCCCUAUCCUGCAGCUCGCACAAGCCUUAUCCUGCAGUUCACCCAGUCCAUACAAUACAAUUCACCCCAACAUCUUUCCUUCAGCUACUCCAAACUUUACCCUGCUCUUCACAAAGUCCCGUUUUAUGCAGUUCGCCCAACCACUCACCGCAACACCUAUCGUGCAGCUCGCCCAACCAUUAUCCAACGGUUCAUCCAGACCCAUAAAAUACAGCUCAACCAAACACCUUCUCUCAAGCUCGCCCAAUCAAUAUCCUACAGUUCACAAUGCCCAUACUAUACAGCUCACCCCCACACCUAUCAUCGAGCAAGCCCAACCAUUAUCCUACAGUUCACCCAGCCCCAUACAAUACAGCUCAACCCAACACCUAUCCUCCAACUUGCCCAACCAUUAUCGUAUUGUUCACCCAGUCCCUCACAAUACAGCUCAACCCAACACCUAUCCUCCAUCUUGCCCAACAAUUAUCCUACAGUUCACUCAGCCCCAAACUACAAAGCUUAACCCAACACCUAUCCUCCAGCUUGCCCAACCAGUAUCCUACAGUUCACACAGCCCUAUACUUUACACCCAACCCAACACCUAUCCUCCAGCUCGCCCAACCAUUAUCCUAUGGUGUACUAUGCCCCCUACCAUCCAGCUCACCCCAACACCUAUCCUUCAGCUCUUCCAAUCUAUAUCCUGCAGUUCAUGA